AUGGUGAAACCUGGCAGGAAGUUCUCUUUCUCUGAUACUUGUCCUCAGUUCUUCAAAGUUUAUCUCCCAGCUCAAAGCACUAACCAACUGAAAAUUCCACCGGCAUUCGUCGAGAAAUUCAAUGGAGUUAUACCUUCCAAAUCUACAGUUAUAAAUCAGGGAAUGGGAUCAUGGAGUGUUGAACUGAACUUGGUUGAUAACGAACUAUAUUUUCAGAAUGGUUGGCACAAAUUUGUGCAAGACAAUUCAUUAGAAAUCGGAGAUUUUCUAGUAUUCUGCUUUGAUGGUAGUUCAAUGUUCCAUGUCAAAAUAUUUGGAAAAACUGCCUGUCUAAAGGAGGUUCCAAUCCCUAGUAGAAAGAGUACUAAAAAAGAAUCAACAGUUCUCCCAAAAAAACUGACAUUUAAAGCAUCUAUCCUUGAAGACAGCCGCAAGCGGAUAGCUAUGGAAGAGAAUGAUGGAGCUCCCAAAGCAGCAACAGAAUUCGUCUCUACACACCCUUCUUUCCAAGUAGUUAUAAAGCCAUCUUAUACUGACAUUAAUGGUUGUUAUCUGCAUAUACCAGUAAGCUUCAUCAACAAAUACAUGGGAAAGGGUAAAGAGAAUGCUAUUCUUCAGGUGUCAGCUAAUAAAUGGCCUGUGAAAGUGAAAACCUAUCUGAAUCGCAUAGCCAGGUUUUCUUCAGGUUGGAAAGGGUUUACUAAAGAUAACACUCUCGAAGCAGGAGAUGUUUGUGUCUUUGAGCUAAUUAAGAGAGAUGAUUUUGUGCUGAAAGUUUCUAUCCUGAGGGGUUGA